GGCCGCGUGGGAGCCAAUCCGCGGCGCGGAGGGCGGGACUUCCUGCGUGGGGUCCCGGCCGGCGCGGCGGCCUGGCGCUCCGUGGUCCCGGCUCGCGUGGCGGCGGCGGCCUCUCCCCGCGGAGCUGCGCGCGGCCAUGACGUCAGCGUCCACCAAGGUCGGGGAGAUCUUCUCGGCGGCGGGCGCCGCCUUCACGAAGCUCGGGGAGCUGACGAUGCAGCUGCAUCCCGUGGCCGACUCCUCGCCCGCGGGAGCCAAGUGGACGGAGACCGAGAUAGAGAUGCUGAGGGCAGCUGUCAAACGAUUUGGGGAUGACCUUAAUCACAUCAGCUGUGUCAUCAAGGAACGGACAGUGGCUCAGAUCAAGGCCACGGUGAAACGCAAGGUCUAUGAAGACUCUGGCAUUGCCCUCCCAGUAGAAUCCCCCAAGAAGGGGCCCAAGAAAGUGGCCUGUGGCAUGCUGUCGCCUCCUCCGACUGCCCCUCCACCCAGCAGUGGCAGUGUCCCCGAGGCCGGCGCUCCCCCCAUAAAGAAACAGAAGGCUGAUGUGCCCCUCAGUACCCUGAACGACUCGGACGCCAACAGUGAUCUGGUGGACAUCGAAGGGCCGGGAGAAACACCUCCGGCCAAGAAACUCAACUUCCACCAGGACAGCCUGACCCUGGGCUCUGGCCGUGCGCAGACCUAUGCCGAAGCUCCCUUACUGUCCUGCUGACCUUCCACCUCUGGCCCCUCACCC